AUGCUACGCGCCUUCGGCGGCGACGACUGGACCAUGGUAUUCGCACAAUUACUCUUCACAGCCUAUCUCAUCGCACAACUCGGCGGAAUCGCACACGGCACAGGUCAACAUUUGAUAAACCUAACCCCCUCGGACGCGACGACCGCAUUAAAAUUUUGGUAUUUUUGUGAAUUAUUUUAUUGUUGCGCAACGACGGUAUUGAAAGUGAGUAUUGGAUUAUUUUUAUUACGAGUGGCGACGAAUCGGGUGCAUAUUUGGAUUGUGCGGGCAGUGAUGAUUUCGGCGGGAGUGUUUGGAUUUGCGUUUUUGUUUGUGCUGGUUUUUCAGUGUUGGCCGAUUAGUGAUUGGUGGUCGUUGGAUAUUAAUGAGAAGCAUUGUAUCAAGCCGGAUAUUGUGGUGGGGUUGACGUAUGCGGUGUCCGGGCUGAAUGUGAUUGCGGAUUGGACGUUGGGGAUUUUGCCGGCUUUUAUGGUGAAGAAUUUGCAGAUGAGUGUUAGGCAGAAACGACUGGUUGCUAUCAUUCUGUCGUUUGCGGCUAUUGGAUCGUCGGCUACCAUUGUACGACUGCCGUACGUGGGAUCACUAUCUCAGAGCUUCGAUGGGUCCGAGGGCGAUUUCUUGUUCACCACAGUGGGAGUCGCCAUCUGGACAACAGUAGAAAUCGGCGUGGGCAUCACAGCCGGUUGCAUGGCCACCUUGCGUCCACUCUUCCGUCUCACCGUCGAGAAGCUGGGGAUGGGAGGCAGCAGCGCAGAAGGGCGAUCAGGUGCAAUGCCUCCCAGCUGGUCAAGAGGCAGAGCUACACCGCUCGACGACUUUGUCAUGGUCUCGCCGAAGCAUGGCCGGACCAUUACCACCAUCACCGGCAAUGAUCGUGAGGGCAGCGGGUCUGCUCGCCGGUCAGACAGUAGCAGCAGAGAGCGGAGUUUGGGACGUGAUGCCCCCGACAAGAUUACGAGAAUGUUUGUCGUCGAGUAUGAGGACUCUGAGGCCCAUCCCUGCAAGACCGCUGUCCUUCACUCGACCAUAUCAUAUCCUGCUGAACAUGAGGAGACAGAUGAUUUAGUGUCCGAGAUGUAA